AUGGUGCUGCUGGCAGCAAUGAGCCUGUCGCUGAGCUUGACCACUGCAGGCACGAGGCUGCUGCGCAGGGAAGUGUCACAGCCAGCGGCCUCACUGCUCUGCGCCUGCGACGUGCCGCACUGCAACGCGUCCACGUGCGCGGGGAAGGUGUGCUUCGUGAGCAAGAGCCGGGAGCAGGGCAGGAUCACGCGGAGCCGCGGCUGCUUCUCCCAGCACCUGCUGGAGAACUGCCGUGGGCCCGUCAUGGAGCACUUCGGCACGCGCUGCUGCAACGUCAGCAUGUGCAACACCCACCUCGAGAUCUACCUGCAAGGCAAAGGGCGCUAUGGCGAGGUGUGGCGCGGCCUGUGGCACGGCGAGAGCGUGGCCGUGAAGAUCUUCUCUUCGCGGGAUGAGCAGUCGUGGUUCCGCGAGACGGAGAUCUACAACACGGUGCUGCUGCGGCACGACAACAUCCUGGGCUUCAUCGCCUCCGACAUGACGUCGAGGAACUCCAGCACGCAGCUCUGGCUCAUCACCCACUACCACGAGAACGGCUCGCUCUACGACUACCUGCAGCGCACAGCGCUGGACAGCGCGGGCUGCCUGGCGCUGGCCUCCUCCAUCAUCUGCGGCCUCGUCCACCUGCACGUGGAGAUCUUUGGCACGCAGGGCAAGCCGGCCAUCGCCCACCGUGACCUGAAGAGCAGGAACAUCCUGGUGAAGAGCAACCAGCAGUGCUGCAUCGCCGACCUUGGGCUGGCCGUGAUGCACUCGCAGGGCAGCGACUACCUGUACAUCGGCAACAACCCCCGGGUGGGCACCAAGCGCUACAUGGCCCCCGAGGUGCUGAGCGAGCAGAUCCGCACCGACUGCUUCGAGUCCUACAAGAAGACGGACAUCUGGGCCUAUGGGCUGGUGCUCUGGGAGAUCGCCCGGCGCACGGCCAUCAACGGUAUCGUGGAGGAGUACCGGCCGCCCUUCUUCGACGUGGUGCCCAGCGACCCCAGCUUCGAGGACAUGAAGAAGGUGGUGUGCGUGGACCAGCACACCCCCGUGGUGCCCAACCGCCUCUACUCCAAUGCGGUCCUGGCAGCCCUGGCGAGGGUGAUGAAGGAGUGUUGGUACCAGAGCCCCUCCGCCCGCCUCACCGCCCUGCGCAUCAAGAAGACGCUCCAGAAGCUCCGCCAGUCCCUGGAGAAGCCCAAGCAGGACGACUGA